AUGGAAAAUUCUUUUUCUUUGCAGUUUAACAAAAUGACACAGUUGAAAACUGUACAAGACUAUGAGGCUGAAAUCACAAGGUUACAAAACGAAAACUGGGAAAUAAAACAUCAACUUGCAUUCUUAAAAUCCAAUGCUCCUUUAAAUGUAGAUGAUGAUAUACAGAAAUUAUUAUACGAUUCAAAAACUUCUAUAGACAUUUUAGAAAAUGAAAAUAAAAAUUUUCAAAAACAAAUUGAUCAUCUUAAAGAGAUUAUAAGAUCUAAUGGUAUUGAAAAAGAAAAAAUGUUAAAAGAUUACAAUGAUAAAAUUAAUGAUACAGAAGGUAAAUUAUUGAGCCUUGAAGAUGAAAAUCAAAGAUUAAUUACACACAUUGAAAAUGUUAAAAAUAAAUAUGAAAGCGUUUUACAAGAGCAUAAAUUAUGUGAUCAAAAAAUUGAAAAUUUUAAACAUGAACAAGGAAAUGUUUAUCAUGAACUUGAAAAGUAUAGAAAUGAAAAUGAAUGUUUAAAAAAUGAAAUUAAUAAUCUCAGAACAGAAAAUUUAUCUUUAAAAAAUGAGAUUAAUAAGAUUAAUUCUAAUUAUCUUAAUUUACAAAAAGAAAAUUUUGAUAUUAAAAAUGAUAAGGCGACUUAUUAUUCAGAAGGAGAAAAAUUACUAAAAGAAAAUGAACAUUUACAAACACAGUACAAAAUUAUUUAUGACGAACGCGGUAAUCUUCUAAAUAUGAAUAGUGAAUAUAAAAAUAAACUUGCUUCUCUUGAAAAUGAAUGUAGAAAAUUAGAAAAGAAUGUUGCUGCGUUGAAUAAUGAACUCGAAAAUUAUAAAGAAACAGAACUUUAUAUUAAAGAAUUACAAAGAAAUUUUAAUAAAGAAACGCGUAACAAACAAAACUUGGCUAUUGAAAAUGAAAAAAUUAAAGAAGAUUUGGAAAUGGCAAAUAAAAAAAUUGAAAUUUUAAAUAAUGAAAAAAGAGCUAUGAGAUACAAACUCAAACAAGAUGAUGGAUAUAUUUUUAAACAUGCUAUAACAGAAUUAAAUAAGUGUUAUUCUGUAGUUAAUGAGAUUAAUGAGAAAGUUAAAAAACUACAGUAUAGUAAAGAAACUCUAGGGUUUUUACAAAGUUUAAAUAUUAAAAGUAAAAAUAUUAAUUUUAUAGUUAAUUCAUUUAAAACUAUUUACGGGAAAAUGAAAGAUAGGAUUGAAGUCUUAAGGCGUGAGGCCCACGAUUUAAAUAAAUUUGGCAAGAAUGAAAAAUUACUAAAAGUUAUAAAAGAAUUUACUGAAGAAUUUAGAAAUGCAAAAUUGGAUCUUGAUUCUACCAAAAAAUAUUUAGAACAAAAAAAUAUAGAAAUAAAAGAGAUGAAAAAACAAAAAUUAAGCCUAGAAAAAAUGUAUAAUAAUUUGUUGCAAAAAUAUAAUCAUACGGUCUGUAAGCUGUAA